AUGAAAAGCACAUCAACAUUAGUUUUAAUAUCAUUCACCAAAAACAAUUUCAUUGAUAAGAAAUGUGCAUAUAAAAGUGAAGAUGCUACUUGGAAUAAAAGGAUUACGAAAGAUUACUGCUUUGUCGACCGUUUCGUGCUUCAACAUUGUGCUGUUGAAAUGAUGGAAUAUCGUCAAGAAGUCGGACGUCAACUCACCAAACCAGAGAAUCAUUUUUAUGAUACUCAUUGUACCAUAAACAAGUCUAGAAAUGAUCCUAAUCCUGAUGUUGACAAAUAA